GCAUUCGGGCGCCCCUUUCAGGGAGGCUUGGGGAAGUGCAGGGGGAGACAGCCGUCCUCCGUUCGGCGAGCGAGCAUCAUGGCGGCGGCUGUACAGCAGCAGCAGGGCAGAGUCAGCAUGAAGGAGCAGCGCUAUGACCGGCAGCUCAGGUCGGCCUGGAGGGCGAGGGGAACGAGGGCUAGGUUAUGGGGUGACCAUGGACAAGAAGCUUUAGAAUCUGCACAUGUUUGUGUGAUAAAUGCAACCACCACAGGAACUGAGAUCCUUAAAAACUUAGUUCUGCCAGGUGUUGGAUCAUUUACAAUUGUUGAUGGGAAUCAAGCCACUGGUGAAGAUGUUGGAAACAGUUUUUUUCUUCAAAGAAGCAAUAUUGGCCAGAACCGAGCCCAGUGUACCACAGAACUAUUACAAGAAUUGAAUAAUGAUGUCUCAGGAAAUUUUGUGGAAGAGAAUCCAGAUAAACUUCUAGACAACGACCCUUCAUUUUUCUGUCGGUUUAAUGUAGUGAUUGCAACUCAACUCCCAGAGAGUACAUUACUCCGGCUAGCUGAAGUUCUUUGGAAUUACAACAUUCCACUUUUGGUUUGUAGAACUUAUGGAUUAAUAGGAUACAUGAGAAUAAUUAUUAAAGAACAUCUAGUUGUGGAAUCUCACCCAGACAACGCAUUAGAUGAUUUGAGAUUGGACAAUCCUUUUCCAGAACUGAGAGAGCAUGUUCAGUCUUACAGUUUGGAUCAAAUGGAGAAAAAGGAACACAGCCACAUUCCAUGGAUUGUGAUCGUAUCCAAGUAUCUAGAAAAAUGGCAUAAUGAGAACAGUGGACAGAUACCGAAGAACUACAAAGAAAAGGAAGCCUUCAGAGAGAUGAUUAGGCAAGGGAUCUUAAAAAAUGAAAAUGGAGGCCUGGAAGAUGAAGAAAACUUUGAAGAAGCUAUUAAAAAUGUGAAUACAGCUGUAAUUGCUACUAAGAUACCAGGUUCUAUUGAAGACAUUUUCAAUGAUGAUCGUUGUAUCAAUCUUUCUCAGCAGACUCCACCCUUUUGGAUUUUGACUCGAGCUGUGAAGGAAUUUGUGGCAAAGGAGGGUCAUGGAAAUUUACCUGUCAGGGGCACGAUUCCAGAUAUGAUAGCAGAUUCUGGUAAAUUUAUCAAACUGCAAAAUAUAUAUCGUGACAAAGCUAAGAAAGAUGCUGAAGCUGUGUCUAAUUAUGCUGCAAAGCUGUUACAGUCAAUAGGCAAGGCACCAGAAUCCAUUUCUCAGAAAGAAUUAAAAUUACUUUGCACUAAUUCAGCAUUUCUUCGAGUAGUGCGGUGUAGGUCUCUUUCUGAAGAAUAUGGGUUGAAUACUUCAAACAAGGAUGAGAUAAUUUCCCAUAUGGAUAAUCCUGAUAGUGAGAUGGUGUUGUACUUAAUGUUAAGAGCUGUGGACAGAUUCUUUAAACACCAUGGUAGAUAUCCAGGUGUCUAUAAUUACCAAGUGGAGGAUGAUAUUGGAAAACUGAAAUCUUGUCUCAAUAGUUUUCUUCAGGAAUAUGGAUUACCUGUAACAGUGAAAGAUGAUUAUGUCCAUGAAUUUUGCCGCUAUGGAGCUGCUGAGCCACAUACCAUUGCAGCAUUUUUGGGAGGAACUGCUGCUCAGGAGGUUGUGAAAGUAAUUACAAAACAAUUUGUAAUUUUUAAUAACACCUACAUUUACAAUGGGAUGUCACAGACCUCUGCAACAUUCAAGCUGUAGGCUAAACACAGUACAUUGUUGAAAACUGUUAUUGCCUUUGGAUUGCAUUUUUAAGUAUUGCUGGUAUAUUUGCUGCCAAACGUCUUUGUAUUUUUUCAUCAUUAAAAGUUAUUUUAAUUUGUAAUGAAGACUUAUCUUGUAUUUUAAUAAGAGGCACUGGAAUAAGUUGACUGUCAUCACUGUUAUCUAAUAUCAUUUCAGAUGUGAGCACUUUUUUUGGUUCUGUACUGUUGGGAGUGAGAUUUAGCCUUUUACCCAGACCAUUAUCGUUAGUCUGCCCAUAUCACACAGAAAAGUGUUUAACAUUUGUGUUAAGCACUUGUUUGAAGCAAAUGCACCCCAAGGAGUACAUGAUACUAUAUUCAAUGUAACCUCCUGUUUCUGAACAGCAACAAAAGGUUUUUUACAAUGUAGACACACUAAUGCACAACAUACCUUUGACUAUUAUUAAUUAAUAUAUUAAAUUAAGAAGAUUGAAAGCACUCUGGAAGAGAAUGGAAGUAAUUCAUGACACUUAGUGCAUUCUUCCAGCUUACAAAUAAUAUUAGAAACUGUUAUCAGUGGUCUUAUAGUUAGAUUUGUAUGAACAAUUUAUGAACUGCUGCUCCAUUAUUUAUUGGAAUUAGUGCAAAAUUAUUGUUGGUAUCUAUAAUGUUGUUGGGAGAAAGUAUUACAUGUAUUUUCUGGAAUUAGUUGAAAAACAUGUACUUGAAGAUUGCUUGUACAGACCAUACAUGAUUGUGUUGGCAUUUGUUUUGGUUAAUAGCAGGAGACUGCUUAAGAACUGGGUUUAUCAGUUUUUUAAAAAUCAAACUUGGUAGGUGUAUGCUUUGUUAAUUUGUAAAGGAAGAGGUGUCCUAGUUUAAGAUUGUUGUGAACUGAGGGCUCCAUGGGAUCAAAGGCAGAUUAAAAAUAAUAAACAGACCUGGAUUUUAAUUCUAGUGUGAUGGAAGACUGCUUAUUCUUCACUACCUAAUUUGCAGGCACAGAUGAAAACCAGGAAGUAUGUGAUGUGGGAGAAUCCCUUCAAUGUGUUUAGUGUCAAUUUUGAAACUGCAUUCUAGGAGGGGGGGCCAAAGCUCAUGCAUGUAUCAAUCACCAAUGGUGUUAUGACAUGCUAGAUGUAUCAGCUAUAGCUAAUAGUGUUGUUGUGCCCUACUAAAGUAGGAGGAAUUAAAAGUAGGUAAAAUGAAAUGCUUUCCGAAUUCAGUACAUUUUGAUCAUAUUUUGGUUUUAAUAUUUACCAUCUACUUGCAUUUAUUUCAGUUCUUUAUGUGGAUUGGGCAUGUCAUUGUUGCAGGAGUGGCUCCUUUGUAUUCGGGUAAUUUCACAUACACAUACUUAUUUGAUUUUCAAAUAAAUAAAAAUGUGUGAAAAUAGUCACUAAAGAUUAAA